GGAGCUCGAGUCAGUAUCCAAUACACCUGCCCGUCGGAGACUAGAAUCGCGUUUCUUUUCUCGAUGACGCGCGACUCAUAGUGCACGAAAACAUGGCUAUCGCUGCGAUGGAAAUCACGAUGCUGUAUUUGGCCGUAGUGCUGCUCUCGUGGUGCUCGGCUGCGCCGGACAAAUUGCGACUGGAUACCAAAGCACCGCUGCAUGCCCGCAGCUCUUCCGCGGCCAGGGCGCUGUCCGGGCAGACACCAGCGAACGUAGGUAGAUUACCGCAGCAAUCGAAGCCUCAGGCGCCGAGCUCAGCUGGUCAACCGCAACAGGAUGGCGUCCAGAGAGAGGAGACUUCAUCCUUCAAGGAAGUCAAUGGCGAGACCGUUCUAACAGUCGUCGGCAACUACGCCUACCAGAGUCCUGAGGGCCUGCCCGUCUCCUUCAAGUACAUGGCCGAUGAAAAUGGGAACAAGGCGAGCUUCACGAUUGGGGCUGCUGGUGGUGGCUCGGGAUCGAAAUCGAGACCAGGUGGUGCUACCGGAGGCUCGCAAAGACCUGGCGGUGCUGGUGCUAGUAAGACGGGUACCGGUGGUGGUGCUGGAACAAAAGGCAAUCAGUCUGGUAAAAACUCGAUCGGAGGUGAUAAAUACUUGCCACCGAAUUGAUCUAAUUUCAAUUUCUGAUGUAUCUACGUCACUGAAAUAAAAGUUUUUUAACUUUCAUUAUUCAAUGCUCUAAUG